AUAAUGAAAGAAGACUAACUAGUAAAACGAGUGCUAGCACACUAUUAUGUUGAUAUAAACUGUCCUCAUGACAGAACGACACAGAUGCAUCAUUAUUCAACAACACUUUCAGAAGUGAAACCAGAACUGUAAAACAACAUCAACAAAUCUUGAGAGAGAGAAAAUCAAUGAUAGAUCAUAAAUAAUAUGUGAUAUAAAAGUGCUCUAAAACAAAAGAAGACUCAUUAAAUCUCUGUAUAUUUUAGAUUCAAAUCCAGCUGUUGGAAACAUGCAGGUUUGAUUUUAUCUUUGCUGCAAGCGUAAAAUAUAACAUCUCUGAAGCCAAUGGAUGUGACACAGGCAUCUAAGAGUUUGAAAGCCCCAGAAUGGUCGCAGGAGGACCAUCUUUCCAGUUUGAAGGCUUUGGCUGAGAAGUUAAAACUGGAGACCAGAAAGCCGUCGUAUCUGGACUGGAGAGUUCAGCUGGAGGCAAUGCUAAACCAGAGCCACAGAGAUGCAGAGACUAAAACAACGGAGAAAACACACACAGAAAACACACUGAGGAAACAGUCAGGACACACGCGAGGGUUUGGAAGUAUUGAUCAAGCGCUGGAGUGGCUCAGAAAAGAGCUGAUAGAGAUGCGUCUUCAGGAUCAGCAGCUCGCGCUUAAGCUGAUGAGUUUGCGCAGUGAUAUUAACGAUCUGAGAAUCGUGCAGACAUGCAACCAACACCGCAAGAUGCUGAACGAUGCCACCUUUGAGCUGGAGGAGCGGGACGACAUGUCGGAUUUAUGUGACGUGCCCAUGUCUCCUGGACUAGGCCUGUCCACACCACUCAAAGUCAUCGGGGUAACAAAAAUGAACAUCAACACUCGCCGCUUCUCCCUCUGCUGA